AUGGCCGCCGAACAAUUCGACACAUCUUGGAUGUGGAAUCCGGCUUUCAUCGAAAAAGCCGCGUCUACUGCCGGUCGCUUCGUACAUUUCCGCAAGACAUUGUUUGUCAAUUCGCAGAUACCGACAUCGCUUCCGAUUCAGAUCACGGCCGAUACGCGAUAUAAGCUAUACGUCAAUAGACAAUUGGUCGCAUUUGGACCUGUCAAGGGAGAUGCGAGUCUCUGGUUCUACGACGAGGUCGACAUCAGCCCAUAUUUACGAUUGGGCGAGAAUAACAUCGCUAUUCAUGUCCUCCGACUCUUCCACGGGACGUCGUACGGGACUAGCUUUCCACGCCUGGGAACGGGUGGAGUCAAGAUCGCGACUACUGUUGACGAUGAGGUCUGGGCGCCGCAGAUUCGAAGCAGUGAGCUUUGGCAAACGGCCAUAGAUCACAAUGUGACUCUCCGCAUAGACGAGGAGGAAGAUGACUUUCUUCACGUGUACGAGUUGGUUUCUGCAUCGCGCGAUAUGUCACUGGAGUGGAUUCCAGCAAUACUGCUCCGUUUUCAGAACUCUACUGGCGUAACAGCGCCGUGGAAACUAUCGCCGCGUCUCAUCCCGCCUAUGAGGGGCCAGAGGUCAUACUUCAGCGCCAUUCACAAUGUUCAGAGCGGCUUGCCUCAUGGUGCAUGGAGUGCAGGAUUGCUGGGUGCUCAGUCCGGAGACAGUAAUCUCCUUCUUCCUGCUCUAUCAAGCCAUCAACUCGACCUUGAGACUCCCUUCCAUACUACCGCCUUUAUCCGCUUCCGCUUUGUCCGGCCGGAAGUCGGAGGCGCUUGCCUUACGAUAACAUAUUCUGAAAGCUACGAGGAUACUCCAGUUCUGGUUCCAUACCUUCGCUGCAAAGGGAACAGAUGCGAUACAAGCAAGUUCCUGAUCGGACCCAAGGAUAUUUAUACGUUCCAGGGAAGAGAUGGGAACCCACGUCUAGGCUACUACGACGGUGAAGAGACGGAGGAAGUAUACAUGCCUUUUCAUUGGCGCACCUUUCGCUUCAUGAGACUCAACAUCGAGACUGGAUCUUCCGAUCUGAUCAUGCGCGGCAUCGAUAUUGACGUUGUGAACUACCCAUUGGACGUACUAUCAAGCAUAAGCACGAACUCAGACGACGGAACGUUGGGAGCGUUGUACGAGACGAGUAUCAGAACAUUACGAAACUGCAUGCAUGAUUGCUACGAAGAUUGCCCUUUUUACGAACAGCUCCAAUACGCCAUGGACACACGCAGCUCUUGUCUCUUUACAUAUCACGUAUCUGGCGAUGAUCGUCUAGCCAGACAGGCAAUCGUGCAGCUUCAUAGCUCGUUCCAGCCUCGCGUUGGACUUACGGCCAGUAGAUCACCAUCGACUCAAUUACAGAUCAUUCCCCACUUCUCUCUCUACUGGAUCUGCAUGCUACAUGACCACUUUCUCUACUAUGCAGAUAGGGCAUUUGUCAGACCUCUUUUACCCGUGGUGGACGCUGUGCUGGGUUAUUUCCACGAACGCAUAGAUCAUCGCCUCGAUCUCGUGAGUCUUGGGAAUGAGAAGGACGUUUGGAACUUCCAUGAUUGGGCAGAGCAGUGGAGGCCGUAUGGCAUUCCAGCCUCGGUAGAAAAGUCGGGUGUUUCGACAUACACAAACAGCUUAUACGCGUAUACACUCAGACUGGCGGCGAAGCUGCAGGGAGAGUGUGCGGGUCGUCUUUCCCUUGCAGAAGAGUAUUCUCAUCGGGCUGGGCUGAUUGUCGAUGCGGUUAAACGACAUUGUUUUGAUGGGCAAUACUUUACAGACAGCAUUGCCGCUUGCUCGAACCCUCAUACUGACCGCAGCCAGCAUAACCAGGUCUGGGCAGUUCUGAGCGGUGCUGUUUGUGGUGAUAGCGCUCAGGCAUUACUUAAGCGCGCGCUGGGAACCUCUCAGCGGGGUGCACCACUUAUCAAGACGUCAAUAUCCAUGUCUUUCUACACACUUCGAGCUAUCAGUGCCGCAGGAGGGUCUUUGUACGAUGAGCUAUUCCACGUUCUAUGGCAGCCAUGGCGUCACCAAUUAUCCCUCGGUCUGACAACCUGGGAAGAAGAUGAUGUUUCGCACCGCUCAGACUGUCAUGCUUGGGGCAGCGCGCCUAUCUACGAGUUCUUGGCCGAGGUCGCGGGGAUACGGCCUGCAAAAGCAGGAUGGCAGGAGAUAGAGUUUGCGCCACGUCUGGGUCUUUAUAGUUCUCUUGGAGCGACCGUUCCGUUUUAUAGAAAGGGGAAGUUGGUGCUGGCAAAGGUUGGUUGGAGCUCUUUAGAUGGAGAGACGCGAGUCACGUUGGGUAUCGAGGGGUUAGACGAGUCAAUCUCUGUGCAUGUGAAAUUGCCAGGGUGGCCGGGAAUGGUUGAGAAGAGCUCCAGGAGCAUGAGCUUUACUUGGACAAGAUCUUAG